UGUCUCUUACAUGGCUACAAGAAAGCAUAAGCCGAGAGCAUAUAUGUCGCUUAAUUCUCGCCUGCCUCCCCUCAACAUCGGGUUCUCUUUAAAAGUUAAACAUAUCCAGCGCUGUGUCGAGAAAAUGUACAAACCGUCAGCUGUGUAUUUUUAUCCCAGUCAGGUGCAUGCGUUAGGAGGGAAAGGCACGCGUAAUAUACUUAACUUUGGAACACACGCUGGGGACUGAUUUCCCCUACUUUUACCCGACAGUGUUUAUGUGUUCGGGCUCGGAGAAACUAUAAAAGUGGAAGGACAUACCGAUUCAUUCAUUACAGUUGUGCUUUUUAUCAUCGUUGUAGUUUGGAAACGUUCGACCCGCUUAUAGUUCAGUUUGGUGCUUCGGAUUCGAAGCUAUCAGCGUCUUAAGUGCUACACGCAAAGUGUUUGCAUGUGCGCGCACUUAAAUAGUACGUCCCUUGUAUACAGUGGAAGUGAGAUUCAUAUCGAUACUGUGCAGUGUGCUACUGUAAGUUUUAGAAGCAGAGUACGAAGUGACGAAAAAUUUUUAUAUAUGUGAUUGUGAUUUAUUACAACCUCCAACCAGCGUUAUCUUUUAUUUAUGUACCGUGCGCAUUGAAUGUGAUAAAAGGUUUCCUAUACAGUGUUAAUAUUUGCUUUCCAUUCAUAUUAGCGUACAUGAAUAGUAAUUACAGUGUUGCGUUUACUAUACCACAAGAAACAACCGCCUAUAAAUUGUUCAAACGUUAGCCAAGUGUCGCACAUUGCGAAAAAUGUUCAUCGAUUCGUAUAUCGUUGGGUUGAUGCGUAAAGAGUUCUUCGAUCCAUUAAACGCUCGAAAAACGUUGCUGGUAUUUUGCUGUGCGUUGUCCUGUGUUUUAUUCGUGCAAUAUUUGUUUCGCUUACUUAGCCAGAUUAAGAAACUGCCACCGGGACCGUGGGGUGUACCAAUUUUUGGUUACUUGACUUUUAUCGGUCAUGAAAAACACACCCAGUAUAUGAAACUGGCCAAAAAAUAUGGCGCACUAUUUAGUGCUAAGCUUGGCGCCCAGCUAACGGUAGUAAUUAGCGACUACAAAAUCAUUCGCGAGGCAUUUAAAACCGAGGAAUUUACUGGCCGUCCCCAUUCACCAUUGCUUAAAACGUUAGGAGGAUUCGGCAUCAUCAAUAGCGAGGGACCAUUGUGGAAAGAUCAGCGCCGUUUCUUGCACGAAAAACUUCGUAACUUCGGUAUGACGGUACUCGGAAAUAAGAAGCACCUAAUGGAAAAUCGAAUAAUGACCGAAGUAACAGAGCUGUUAGUUACGUUGAGCUCCGUCGAGAACAAGUCCACCGAUCUCAGUCGGUAUCUAUCCGUGUCGGUAAGCAAUGUGAUCUGCAACAUAAUAAUGUCAGUCCGCUUUUCGAUAGACGACCCAAAGUUUAAGCGUUUCAACUGGUUGAUAGAGGAAGGAAUGAGACUAUUUGGUGAAAUACACACGAUUGAUUAUAUUCCUCAAAUACAAUAUUUACCCGGCAAUAUCAACGCGAAGAAUAAAAUAGCGAAAAAUCGUGAGGAAAUGUUUGAUUUCUAUCGUGAAAUUAUCGAAGAGCAUAAGCGUACGUUUGACAACAAUAACAUUCGGGACAUUGUGGACGCUUAUCUUGCCGAGAUCGAAAAAGCACAAGCAGAAGGUCGAGACGGAGAACUGUUUGAGGGUAAAGAUCAUGAGAUUCAGAUGAUGCAGGUGAUUGCCGAUUUGUUUUCUGCCGGUAUGGAAACGAUUAAGACAACGCUGCUGUGGUUGAAUGUGUUCAUGCUCCGUCAUCCUGAUGCAAUGCAGCGUGUACAGGAUGAGUUAGAUCAGGUGGUUGGACGCAAUCGACUUCCUAAAAUCGAGGACGUUCCUUAUUUGCCGAUCACAGAAACAACAAUUCUUGAGGUUAUGAGAAUAUCAAGCAUUGUGCCAUUAGCUACUACACAUUCUCCAAAGAGUGAUGUUGUUAUAAAUGGUUACACAAUACCUGCCGGGUCUUACGUUGUGCCACUGAUUAACAGUGUUCAUAUGGAUCCAAACUUAUGGGACAAACCAGAGCAGUUUAACCCUAGCAGAUUCUUAGACGCUGAGGGAAAGGUCCAUAAACCGGACUACUUCAUUCCGUUUGGAGUCGGGAGACGUCGCUGUCUGGGGGAUGUGUUGGCACGCAUGGAACUGUUUCUGUUUUUUUCUUCAAUUAUGCACACUUUUACAAUCGAGCUGCCGGAAGAUGAACCAAUGCCUGGAUUAAAAGGUAUUAUCGGAGUCACCAUCAGUCCACAGGCGUUUCGGGUUAAUCUUAUACAACGUCCAUUGGAGACAAAUAUGUGCACGAUGAGAAUGUGUUGACAAGGGUUGAAUUUAAUGCCACUACUGGACAAUACACAGCUACAUUACAACCGUCGAUCGAAAAAAAAAAUCAUAAACCGAUCUUCUUAUAUCAACAAAUCAGAACAGCAGUAGUAUCAUCAGCUGAGCACGGUAUGUUCCUAGCGUAUUAAACUCAAAGCGUCAAACAAAGUAAAUUAUCUCUCACACGAAGGACAAACAUGACCACAUUUGAAUCGACUAUGACAUAGAAAAAGAAACGACAUCACGCAACCUGAUUGUUAGUAUCAAUUUGAAGGAAUCGUUAUGUUCGCCUAUAUUCGAUCACUAGUCAAUUUCGCUCUGUACGGUUUCUUUAUUUUAUUUGUCUAAAUAAAUUAUUUAUACUUCUGAAACGCACCUCACGCAUAUGCUUACAAAGCACUGAUCAAGAGGAUCGAUAAAAGUCGCUUGCUAACACACUCAUAUUCAUCAGCAAAGACGUUAAAACAAUCUACGAAAUUCUGCAAACAAAAAGGUUGUACACAUAUUUACCGACCAAACAAGUAAUGUGUAACAAAAAUGGAGUCGAACAGGGAAUAGAAUUUCCACAUAGGAUGACGGAAUCACAUGUACUUAAGUGGUUAAGUGGUAGAAGGGGGGAAUUUAAGUGUACAAUAAUCUUAACAUAGGUAGUGCAGCACAACAUAACAUCUGCGUUACUAUAAAAAAUAGUUACGAAUGUUCCAUGACAACAUAAAUCAACAAAAGCUAGCUGUUAUUAGUGUUGACAAUCAACUACGUUAUUCAAAAAUUGGAUAAUAACAAUAAACGAUAAGUGUUCCAGGAUUAUUUCCAAAACAAUGUGUUCAUCGUAAUAUAUUAUUAUUAUUUAAAUUAGAGUGGAAGUUAUUUAAAAGUAUAAGAAACAACCGAGUAGCAACAUAAGAGCAAGUAGGACCUGCAAGUAGGAGAUAAUAAUAAUUAAUAAUGAUUGCCAUAUGAUGUGUACGAUGUUUUUAAUGGGGUUUCUUUCACAGUUAUAUAGAUGAGAGAAGAGAAACAGGAUACGAGAGAAGAUAAACUAUAAUUGAAAAAACUUGCCUAGCUGUUUAAUCCUGGAGAAUCUGUAGAUUCGCCAGAAUCUGUUGAUCAAUUCAUUGAUGUUCAGUGCUGUUAUUUUUCGUGCAGUGGAAAUACAGUGGAACGCCAAAUACCCGAGUGCCAUUUAACCGACCGUCGGAAUAUCUGUGCAGCUCGAAGAUGGCAGUUUCAAAGGUGAUUUGAUGUGUCUAAUCCAAAACCAAUAACAGUAUAAAACGAAAGUUUCAAUUGUGAAUGAUAUAUAAUGCAUAAGUUCACAGAAAAACAUGACAUAUUUCUUUUGUAACAAUAAACAACAAACUAAAAUAGAACCGUGCCCUCAUCAUUUACAUAUAAUACAUUUAUUUUUUUUAUCAGCAAAAGCUUAUUGUACCUGUUAUCCGUAUUAUCCGCUAGGCACAAGUCGAGUCGGCGUUCCACUGUACAUGAAAUUAGGUCCAAGCAUAUAUAGUACAUAGAUGAAAAAAUAAUCAUACAGAAUGGUUCACAGUAUUAUUCAUUCAAUAGUUUGGUGACAUCUUCGAAACAUAUUUUUUCCCAAUGUUUCAAACUUAGCGACCUUUUUAUGACAACAACAACAAAUUAAGGAAACAGCUCGAAAAUGGUCAUUCUUAACAGUUUAUCAUUGCUUCCCAUGCUUAGGUAUGAUAUGUUAAAGAUAAAUUCGUUUCUGUUGCUUUUUUUAAUACAAAAAAUCGUAUGAUUACCAGAAGAAUUGAUUAACAGAAAAAGUGACGAACCUUACAACAAUUGUAACUAUGACAGAAAUAGUAAUAACUGAAUUAGCUGCAACAUAUUUAUUUCGUUACUUUUAUUACUGUUUGAAUAGGUUUAGACGCAAGCAUAUCUGGGCUUCCCAAUAAUGUUUUUUGAUGAUGCGAAUCGCGGCCUUGUUGUUUUAGUAAUAACGUACAUUAUAAGUGGAGUAAAAUAAAAAAGCAAAAAAUCCGAGUACAAA